ACAUCACGGCCGGAAACAGAUUCUGCUUUACGGCUUUUCCGCCGGCGAGUUUCCAAAUUUCUCAUACUGGAAGUCGUGGAUUUAAAAAUUAUAAAUCCAAUAGUCAUCCGUAACAUCCAAUAAUACUUUAAGGCUAUGGCGAAAUUCCACGCCCCUGUCAUCCAGGACAACCCCCAUGGCUGGGGUCCCUGUGCAGUCCCAGAGAAGUUUAAAGACAUGCCCUACCAGCCCUUCAGCAAGGGGGAUCGGCUGGGCAAGGUAGCUGAUUGGACCGGGGCGACGUACCAGGACAAGAGAUACACAAAUAAGUAUUCCUCCCAGUUUGGUGGGGGCAGCCAAUAUGCCUACUUCCAUGAAGAGGACGAAACGAGCUUCCAGCUAGUGGACACAGCCAAGACGCAGAAGACGGCCUACCAGAGAAACCGCAUGCGUUUUGCACAGAGGAACUUGCGCAGAGACAAGGACCGAAGGAACAUGACGCAGUUCAACAUGCAGACGCUGCCCAAGAGCGCCAAGCAAAAAGAGAGGGAUCGCAUGCGGCUGCAGAAGAAGUUCCAGAAGCAGUUUGGCGUCCGUCAGAAGUGGGACCAGAAGUCUCAGCUGAAGCCCAGAGACUCAUCAGUGGAGGUACGUAGCGACUGGGAGGUGAAGGAGGAGAUGGACUUCCCCAGGUUGAUGAAGAUGAGGUACAUGGAGGUGGCUGACCCCGCUGACAUCGAGUGCUGUGGUGCCCUGGAGUACUACGACAAGGCCUUUGAUCGAAUCACCACUCGCAACGAGAAGCCCCUCAAGAGCAUCAAGAGGAUCUUUCACACGGUCACCACCACCGAUGACCCCGUCAUCCGCAAGCUGGCAAAGACCCAGGGUAACGUUUUUGCCACCGACGCCAUCCUGGCCACGCUGAUGUGCUGCACGCGCUCAGUCAACUCCUGGGACAUCAUCGUGCAGAGAGUCGGCAACAAGCUCUUCUUCGACAAGAGGGACAACUCCGACUUCGACCUGCUCACGGUGAGCGAGACCGCCAACGAGCCCCCGCAGGAUGAGGGCAACUCUUUCAACUCGCCGCGGAACUUGGCCAUGGAAGCUACCUAUAUCAACCAUAACUUCUCCCAGCAAUGCCUUCGCAUGGGAGGAGAGCGGUACAAGUUCCCCAACUCAAACCCCUUUGUGGAAGAGGACAUGGAUAAGAGUGAAGUGGCUUCUGUGGCCUACAGGUACCGCCGGUGGAAGCUGGGCGACGACAUCGACCUGAUAGUGCGCUGCGAGCACGAUGGCGUGAUGACAGGGGCCAGCGGGGAGGUGUCCUUCAUUAACAUCAAGACCUUGAACGAGUGGGAUUCCAGGUACUGCAAUGGCGUGGACUGGCGCCAGAAACUGGACUCCCAGAGGGGGGCCGUUCUGGCCACAGAGCUGAAGAACAACAGCUACAAGCUGGCCCGCUGGACCUGCUGCGCCAUACUGGCCGGCUCCGAGUACCUCAAGCUGGGGUACGUGUCCCGCUACCACGUAAAGGACUCUUCGCGGCACGUGGUCCUCGGCACGCAGCAGUUCAAGCCCAACGAGUUUGCCAGCCAGAUCAACCUGAGCAUGGAGAACGCCUGGGGAAUCCUGCGCUGCGUCAUCGACAUCUGCCGUAAGCUGGACGAGGGGAAGUACCUCAUCCUGAAGGACCCCAACAAGCAAGUAAUCCGGGUCUACAGCCUCCCGGAUGGGACCUUCAGCUCAGAGGAAGAGGAAGAUGAGGAGGAUGAGGAGGAGGACGAGGAGGAUGAAGAUGAGGAGAACUGAGAAGCGGAGACCUUCGACCAAACAAGCAAACCCCUCCGUGAUUAUGUAAUCCUACAUCAGUGGUGAAAUUAAAGAUUAAACAAUAUUUCAAGCAA